UUUGCGUCGGGCGGAAACCAAAAGAAAAAGGAGAAGAAGAAAAAAAAACAACAACCCGAUUUCUCGUCCUUUGUGGUCGCAGACGGGCGGCGUUGACGUCCAAACGGGCUCGGUCCGCCGCCGCAUCACCGACGACGCCGCCCGUUUCAGAGCCCGUCGCAGCUCCGCGCGGUCCCGCUAGGAGCAGUUCGAGCCCCGGCCAGUGUCCUCGCGAGCGGCGGGAUGUCCGUCACGACGAGCAGGGCGCUCCGCGAGCAGCUGUCCGUCAUCAUGGGCGCGCUGACCAAAGCGGCGGUGGCGGAGAUCUGCGAGGUGGUGGACGAAGGCUACGCGGUGCUGCGGAUGGAGAUCUCCCGGAGCCGCAAGGAGAACGAGGACCUGCGGAAGAAGCUGCACCUCAUCGAGUCCAUCGUGGUCCCGGGGAACUGCGGGGGGAAGGCGGCCGAACCGGAGGUCGUAGCGGCCGCGGAGGGCGCGCAGCAGGCGGAGGCGCCGCGGCAGCCGCCGCCGCCGCCGCGGGACGGUGACGGAGGAGACGGGGGAGCCGCGGUGGUGGUGCGGGACGAGCUUCCGGAGGUGGUGCUGAUCAAAGACGAAGACUCGGACAGCAACGACACCUUCGAGGACGAUAACCAAACGUCCGCUGACGGAGGGGCGGCCGCAGCCCGAGACGCCGCCGCGCCGGCCCCGAUCGGCCGGAGCACGAAGAGACACUGGCCGGGAAACGAGGAGGCUGAGAAGUCGUCGUCGUCCUCUGAGCAGCUCACACUGAAAAUAUCCAAGCUGACCACAGGGACGCAGAAGAAGAGCGUGUCCGUCUACACUCUGGACUCUCCUCCCAGCGAGCCGGGCUGCUCCGGUCGGCUCGGCGCCGACGAGAUGGAGGCCGGAGAGUCUGUCUGCUCCUACUCCUCGCAGAUGGACCCCGACGUCCAUCUGGUCCACCAGGACUGCUCGCUGGUUUCCCCGAGCUCUCACAGGCAGACUUACUUCGCCAACGGUUCUCUGAUGGAGUCUCCGUCGCCUUCAAACAGAACGGAACCGGAUCUCAGUCUCACGUGGACCAAACAGUCAAAGAGUCAGAUGUCUUUCGCUCAUUUUCACCAAAACGAAAACGCGGACGGCGAUGCCUUCGGGCUCAAGCUGAUCAGCGUCUCGGGCUCGACCUCCACAGACUGCCAGCUCUCCGAGAGCAGCAACUCAGCGUUCGAGUACGAGGACGCCGACAUGAUGAACUUCGCCCUCUACAGGGACCAGUCCGGUCGGUCUCAGCUCUGUAACGGGCAGCCGAGCGCCGGCGCCCGAGGGAAGCGCUUCAUUUGCUCCAUCUGCAGCAAGACCUACGCCACGUCCCAGAACCUGGACGUUCACAUGCGGAUCCACACCGGCGAGAGGCCGUUCAGCUGCAGCCAGUGCGGCAAGAAGUUCACCCAGUCGGCUCACCUGAAGUCGCACCUGAGCGUGCACUCGGGAGAGCGGCCGUAUGCCUGCACGCUCUGCUCCAGGAGCUUCAUCGUCAAGUACAGCCUCAAGCUACACAUGAAGAAAUGCCACCCCAACAUCUGCAGUUCGGAUUCAGUUCAAACGAAGACGCACGCGGCGGAUCGAAACAUGUCCCCGGCCUUCCACGCGCAACUGGCCUCCAUUAUGGAGGUGCUGGCAAACACGGCGGUGGCGGAGAUCUGUGAGCUCGUGGACAGCGGAUACUCGGUGCUGCAGCUGGAGAUCUCGCGGAGCCGCAAAGAGAACGAGGUGCUGCGGAGGAAACUGCGGCUCAUGGAGCUCCGCGCCGCCCGCGCGAACGCCCUGCGAGCCGCCGCCGGUGCCGCCGCCGCCGCCGCCGCGCCGCUGCACGCGAGCGGCCGCGCGCGAGCUCAGCUGCCCGCUCAUCACCCGGGCAACGACACGAGGAGGAACCGCACACCUGGAGUCGUGUUUGCCCGCCCUCUGGGAAACGGCGCUCCCUGCGUCCCGACCGGGGCAGCGCAAAAACAGCCCGAAAGGAAAGGGAACCGACCUUUAGCCGCGCGCCCAGUCUCCGUCCCCACACGUCACCGAACAGGUUUAAAGCCGCCGGGGACCGUGGAGCAAGUUCGAAAACGAAAAGGGGCAAAAAUGUUCCCACGAUCCUCCGCGACAAAGUUCAGUCCUGAAAAUUACAAGCGUGCGGCGGUGCUGUCCAGACGAGCGCCCCCCCAGGAGUUGCCGCAGCGCGGAGACCGCAGUCCGCCCUCUGACACAGGACCAGAAACCACACCGGUAGUGCCCGCCGCAGGCGAACCAGCCACCCUGACGACUGCGGUGAUCAAGGUGGAGGACGACGACGAGUCCUGGUCCCAAUCUGAGCGGGACAAGGGAUUUUGUCGCGUUGUUGAAGGACAGACGACGGAGACAGAAGCCCCGCCCCCGCUGACCAAACAGGAAACGGCAGACCAAGGCGGCGACUCAAAUCGAUCAUGGACGAGCGGGGAAGUCAGUUCCACCUCCAUGUCUGUCCAAAAAACCCCGGACGCCAGCCAGAAGUCAGAAACCAGCAGUUACGAAUGCCUGAUGUACGAGCCCCCGCUCCAACAUGGCUCCCGCACUACCCAGAAUCCUCUGAGCGAGGACCCCGGCUGCUCGUACGUGCUGAACGCCAGUGUGUUGAGCGUUUCAGCCGAUUCGGGCGGCAGCACCUUCCCCUUCAACGUCAGCGAGGUGGGUCUCUCUGCAGCAGAGCACCAGCAGCCUGCAGGGUUCACGGACGUCCAGCAGAGGGCGCCGUUAGCCGCAGACGAGCCUCCGCUUCCGGCGAGGAAAGGGCUGACGGGAAGACAAAAUGCUUUCAUCCGGAGGGACGGGUGGAGACAUCAGGAGGGAGUCAACAGAGCUGCCAACCGCAGCAGAGAGGACGGCGGGGGGAAGUCUUUUGUCUGUAACUGCUGCGGUAAGACUCUGGCCUGCCUGAAGAACCUGAAGACCCACAUGAGGGUCCACACGGGCGAGAAGCCGUUCGUCUGCGCGCUCUGCGGCAAACGCUUCUCCGACUCCAGCAACCUGAAACGCCACCAGAGCGUCCACACCGGCGAGAAGCGCUACGGCUGCGUCCACUGCGGCAAACGCUUCGCCCAGUCAGGAUCCCUGAAGGUCCACAUGACCGUCCACACGGACUGUAAACAGUUCAGGUGUUCAUACUGCGGCAAGACGUUCAUAUCGGGCAGCCACCUGCGACGACACAUCACCGUCCACGGAGGAGAGAAACGAUUCGCUCACACGUUACAGUGACACGGGGGGGGGCGGGGUCAGAUCCCACUAGACCCACGAGUGAGUGGACGAAAAAAAAUGAACUCUCCACAAUAACACAGCAGCAGUUGAGCUGUGAGCAGCUGUUGAGUUUCUCCUGCACUGAAAAAGUCGCCUCACGUCUCGUUCCGGUUGAUGAUUUUGGUCCAAAACUGCCGAUGGGUCGUCACGAAGCCGCGGUCGGAGAUAAACUCACCGAAACCAGGCAAAGUCCCGCGGUCACGGAAUGACAAUGGAUCCUGGUCGUGUCAUUACCGUGAGCUCAUUUUUCGUCCCGGAAAGAGCUGAAACAAUUCAGUCAGUUCACCAGUUAGUUGCCUAAACAUUAAUCUGAAACUCAUCCUCUAAAUAAAGAUGCCAAACCAAACCGGUUCCACCGCCGGUUUUCUGAGUCUUCUAUGAUUGAAACUGAAUAUCUACAUCUGAAGACGUCACUUUAGACGUAGGAAAAGCAGAAACUCCUGCAUUUGACAACGUGAAACCGGCAAAUAUUUGUCAUUUUUCUCGAUGAAGCGACUCACGUGAUGAAUUUCCUGUCAGUCGACGGUUUGACUGACGGACAAAUUGUUUUAGCUCUAAUACGGAAAGUCGCGGGCAGGGCCCCGCUUACAAAUGUGUGCCCCGAGGCCCCUUCGAUAGGACGUGAUUUAUUUAUGAACUGCAGACAUAAAACAGUCCUGUGGGAAAACACGUUACAGAUAAAAACCUUAUUUCCAACAUGGUCCCGAGAUGUUAAAAAGACUAAACGGACACACAACGUAAAAAUAGACAAUAAAAUCCUGAAAUCCAAAAAUACAUGACCACAAAUUUAAAAAAAAAAGGGGAGCACCCACAUCAAAACACCAAGGUUGAACAAGGACUCUUUGAUGGCUGGAGUAAAAUGUUGCGUCAUAUCUUUUUUUAACGUGUCGGCCGAGCCGCAGAGACCAUAAGUGACUCCUACUUUUCCUUGGCCUCUAGAGUGCUGCUUUUGGGCCCUAAAUCUGUUUUAGGGAAAACCAGGUGUUUAGUUUAUGACACUCUUCAGGUCGUUGUUUGUUGUUUUGUUGAUGAAACGUCCUGUAGAGUCUUUCUGAGUCACCUUCUCUUUUGCUAAUGCAGUUUUUCACACAGUCUGGGUUUUUCCCUGUGGGUUGUUCUCGGCCACGUGGCGUCACGUUUCAGUCCGAGAUCUUAUUUCGGGUUCCUCCCGUGGUACGUGUGGACACGCGUGACGUUCUCACGCCGGUCGGGCUACACUUUAAAUGUUCUCAUUCAGCUUUUCAAAAAUUGAAAAAAAAAAAAAAAAAAAAAAACAACCCUCACAAAACGUUACAGCUGAAAUCCGUAGUCGACGAGAUUUUCAAAGCGCAGACGAUUAGUGUCGUUAUCGAUAAACCGGCAAAUUAUUUUCUCAAUUAAUCGAAUUGUUUCUUCCAUGACAUGUCAGAAAAUAGUGAUAAUGCCUGCUAUACUUCAAUUUACUAUCAUGUAAAACAAAGAAAUGCAUCAAAUCCUCUGAAUAUUUGGCAUUUUUGCUUAAUGACUAUUAAUCGUCUAAUCGUUGCAGCUGUACUGUUUUUGUUUUUGUCUUAGCAGUUAUUUACACGACUCCGUGUUAGAAAACCAAAUCUGCAUGUCUGUCUCAAGGUAAACGGUUAAAUCUGCAGCUUUUCUCCAUGAACAACCGACAGCUGUAUGUUCCCUGUGUGGUCGGUUUAAAUUAAAUCCUGGGGCUGAUUGAAGAGAGAGAGCACAACUGUCAUGUUUACAUUUUGUGAUACUGUCACUGUUUAUUUGUGAUCACGUCAUUUCGUAAUAAAAGCAGCUGCUGUCUCCCGUCUCCCGUCUCUGAUGGCGUCUGCU